GAGGGAGAGAGAGUGAGCGGGAGAACGAGUGGGGGAGAAAGAGAGAAAUUGUUAGUCGUGGCCAAUUGCGGCUGUUUUUUUGGGGCAUCACUGUCCACGGGAUGGUUUCAUGUUGUGGCUCGUGCGUCACCCCGGAACCGUGGAAAGGAGAAGUGGGACUUUAACUGGACUCAAAGUCUCCCUACCCUGCGGCAGAGCGACCAACAUGCGGUUGCAGAAGCACCUGUGAUCGGAUUUCCCACAACUUUUAAUUGAGGCAUAAUUAUUUUUGAAGUAUAACCAGAGCAUAAACAACUCUCUGAAGUGACACCCGAUAAGCUACUAUGACCUCCAAAGAGCCCACGGUUAUGGAGGACCGGAGACGCAGUGCGCUGAACCAGCUCCCGCCGCCGGCCAACUCCAGCAAGCCUCUGACGCCGUUCAGCAUAGAGGACAUCCUGAACAAGCCCUCGGUGAAGAGAAGUUACUCCAGCUGCGGGACGGCGCACAUGCUCUCCUGCAGCGAGAAGCUGUCCUCUUCAGGUCACAGUCUGUGCAGCCGGGCCCUUUUCACCCAAACCUCCCCACUCUGCGCUCUGGAGGAGCUCGCCAGCAAAACCUUCAAAGGCCUCGAAGUCAGUGUUCUUCAAGCGGCAGAAGGCCGAGACGGCACGACACUAUUCGGUUCGCGGAAUAACCCCAAAAAGCGCCGGAAGUCUCGCACGGCCUUCACCAACCACCAGAUCUACGAGUUGGAGAAGCGCUUCCUGUACCAGAAGUACCUGAGUCCAGCUGACCGUGACCAGAUAGCACAGCAGCUCGGCCUCACCAAUGCACAGGUCAUCACCUGGUUCCAAAACCGGCGCGCCAAGCUCAAACGCGACCUGGAGGAGAUGAAGGCGGACGUGGAGUCGGCCAAAGCCGUGGGCACAGUGUCUUUCGAGAAAAUGGCCAAACUAGCCGAGCUGGAGAAAUGCGCAGCUAACGGCGCGCUGGGCCCUAACAGAUCCGAGUCACCCUCGCUAUCGAACCAUGAGCAUGACACAUCUAACAAACUAUUAUUGUCCUCGCCUUCAUCGCCAUAUACAGAUCAUGCUAGCAGCAAGGGCUGCUCCGACGAUGAGGAGAUUGACGUGGAUGACUGAGGAUUUUUACCUUUGUGUCUCCUUCUUACCACGACGAAAGUUUGAAGUGCCAUUCAUGCACCACAUGUACUCGUGAGGCUUUUAUGAAGAACACUCAGCAUCGCAUGGACUGUGUCGUCUGCAACGACAGAUGCAGGCAGCUGUUGUAUUCAUUUAACCAACGUGGAAAAGUUUAAAGAAAAGCAAUAUGUACACUUAACCUAUCCACAAAUGAUCUGUCCACACACACACACACACACACACACACACACACACACACACACA